AGGAAGAAAAAAAAAAAAAAAAAAAGGAAAAAAACUCAACAUGGAAAAUGUCCCCAAGGAAAACAAAGUUGUGGAGAAGGCCCCAGUGCAGAAUGAAGCUCCCUCUUUAGGAGGUGGUGAAGACCAAGAGCCAGAAGGAAAUGUUAGAGGGGUUUGGGCUCCACCUGCCCAGGAUUUUGGAGAAGAUGUGCCCAAUAGGCUUGUCGAUAACAUUGAUAUGAUAGAUGGAGAUGGAGAUGAUAUGGAACGGUUCAUGGAGGAGAUGAGAGAGCUAAGGAGGAAAAUUAGGGAACUUCAGUUGAGGUACAGUCUGCGCAUUCUUAUAGGACCCCCUCCCCAUGAUCAUCAUGAUGAGUUUUGCCUUAUGCCUUGAAUCUGGAGGUUAAUAAUCAUAAAAUCCCUGCUUUCUAAAUUCACAUUUUUCCUGGUGUACCAUUAAUGUGGACCUUUUGGCAUUCUUCUGCAAUUUUCUGAUUGGAGAUUGCAUUUUGACCUAGUCUGUAAGUUUUUCUGUCAGAAGAGGACUUUCAUCAACUGUCGUGGAAAGAUGUUUAUUGCAUACUGUAAUGUUAACAAAGCAAUUUAAAAGCAGUCUAUAAAUAGACUAUUUCAUUUGGAUGUGUACGUAUGCACACUAUAUAUAAAAUAUAUAAUAUAUAUGAAAUACACACACACACACAUAUAUAUAUAUAUAUAUAUAUGAAUGAGUGAAAACCAGAAUGUGCUUUAUCUAUGUUGUAUAGUUACUGGUACUUUUUAAUUUCUUUAUUUUUUUCUUGCUUAUCUGUUUUUUCUCACUUUUCCAAAAUGAAUACAUGUGUUUCAUAUGUUCCAGGAAAAAGAAAAGGUAACAAGCAAGGAACUUGCCAAUCAGCUUAUAUAGGAAAUGGGGGCAAUUAAUAAACACUUGAAACACAGUUUAAAGACAUGUAAAUCUUAUAUUAUCUAUGGAUCUCUCAUUUAGAAACAUGUACCUGAUAAUUACAGAUACAUUACAUUAUAAAUGCCUUGGAGGGCCGCUGUGGGAAUCAAAUGAGGUAAUGACUGAGCUCUGUGUCUUGCUCUGUUUAUACAUGCAAGGCUCCAGCCCUCCAGGUGCCCUUCAUUUUUAGGGAAGAUUCCAAGGAGAGUGCCUAUCAGCAAGUCCAAUUGAUUUCCAGGUGAGUACAGGUUCAAAAUCCAUUAUCCAAAAUGCUUGGGACUAGAAGUAUUUCAGAUUUCUGUUUUUUUUUUUUAAGUUUUUGGAAUAUUUGCAUGUACAUAAUGAGCUAUCUUGAGGAUGAAACCCAACUCUAAACAUGAAAUUCAUUUAAUUUUAUAUACACCUCAAACACAUAGCCUGAAGGUAAUUUUUU